GAGGCCGUGAGAGGCAGACGAGCGCGAGUCCAGGGCUGGGCAAGCCCAUCGUCUGACCCCGCCGUCCGGCAGAGCCAGCCGCGAGCGCUCCGCCACAGUGCCGGGGCCAUGGGGACUCCGCGGGUCGUCCCUGGGCCCGCGCUGGGACGGCUGCUUCUGCUGCUGAGCGUGCUGGCCCCGGGCCGCGCCUCCCCGCGCCUCUUGGACUUCCCAGCUCCGGUCUGCGCGCAGGAGGAGCUGAGCUGCAGAGUCAAGAAUAGUACCUGCCUGGAUGACAGCUGGAUCCACCCUCGAAACCUGACCCCGUCUUCCCCAAAACACAUCCACGUCCAGCUGAACUUUUCGUCUACUGGGCACGGAGACCUGGUCCCUGUGUUGUACAUUGAGUGGACACUGCAGACAGAUGCCAGCAUCCUGUUCCUUGAGGGCGCAGAGCUGUCCAUCCUGCAGCUGAACACCAACGAGCGGCUCUGUGUUGAAUUUGAGUUUCUGUCCAAGCUUCAGCAUCAUUACAGGCGGUGGCGGUUUUCCUUCAGCCACUUUGUGGUAGAUCCUGGCCAGGAGUAUGAGGUGACCGUUCACCACCUGCCCAAGCCCAUCCCUGAUGGAGACCCAAACCACAAGUCCAAGAUCAUCUUGGUGCCUGACUGUGAGGACCCCCGGAUGAAGAUGACCACACCAUGUAUGAGCUCAGGCAGCCUCUGGGAUCCCAACAUCACUGUGGAGACCUUGGAUGCCCAGGAGCUGCGAGUGAGCUUCAUCGUAUGGAAUGAAUCCACCCCCUACCAGAUCCUGCUGGAGAGUUUUCCACACUCAGAGAACCAAAGCUGCUUUGAUGGCAUCCAGCAAAUACCUGCGCCCAGACAAGAAUUAUUCCACCGGCGAGUCAAUGUCACAUUCACUCUACCCAGCUCCGACUGGUGCUGCCGCCACCGCCUGCAGGUCCAACCCUUCUUCAUCAGCUGCCUGAAUGACUGCUUGAGACACGCUGUGACUGUACACUGCCCAGAAAUCCCAGAGACUCACACUGUUCUGUUUGUCACAGACUCUAUUCCCCUGUGGGUAUAUGGCUUCAUCACAAUCAUCGCCAUUCUGCUAGUGGGCUCUGUCAUCCUGGUGAUCGUCUGCAUGACCUGGAGGCUUUCUGGGUCUGAUCACGAGAAACAUGGUGGUGAUUCCAAAUGCAAUGGCAUCUCCCCUGGGCCCGACCUGACUCCCCCGCCCCUGAAGCCCAGGAAAGUCUGGAUUGUCUACUCCGCUGACCACCCCCUCUAUGUGGAGGUGGUCUUAAAGUUCGCCCAGUUCCUGAUCACUGCCUGCGGCACUGAAGUAGUCCUGGACCUCCUGGAAGAGAAGACUAUCUCAGAGGUGGGGGUCAUGACCUGGGUAGGCCGACAGAAACAGGAAAUGGUGGAGAGCAACUCCAAAAUCAUCGUCCUGUGCUCCCGAGGCACCCAGGCCAAGUGGAAGGCCAUCUUGGGUUGGACUGAGCCUGCUGUGCAGCUGCGGUGUGACCGCUGGAAGCCUGCUGGGGACCUUUUUACGGCAGCCAUGAACAUGAUCCUGCCAGACUUCAAGAGGCCAGCCUGCUUUGGUACCUACAUUGUCUGCUACUUCAGUGGCAUCAGUAGCGAGAGCGAUGUCCCCGACCUCUUCAACAUCACCUCCAGGUACCCACUCAUGGACAGAUUUGAGGAGGUUUACUUCCGGAUCCAGGACCUGGAGAUGUUUGAACCUGGCCGGAUGCACCAUGUCAAAGAGCUCACGGGGGAGAAUUACCUGCAGAGCCCUAGUGGCCUUCAGCUCAAGGAGGCUGUGGUUAGAUUCCAGGAGUGGCAAACCAAGUGCCCGGAUUGGUUUGAGAGGGAGAACCUCUGCCUAGCAGGUGAUCAAGAGCUCCCAUCUCAGGAUGAGGAAGUAUUUGAAGACCUACUACUGCCACCAGGGGGAGGAAUUGUCAAACAGCAGCCCCUGGUGCGGGAGCCUUCUGAGGGCUGCGUGGUGGUAAAUGUCUGUGCCGGUGAGGAGGAGAGUGGAAUGGCAAAGCUGGAUCUGCUGCUGCCGCCCCAGAGAGAGCCAGGGGCUCAGACCCUCCAAACCGUGGUGCUGCCCACAGAACAAGUGCCUGCAGCCGGCCUGGUGGAACCUGUCCCUCUUCCAGAUGGCAGUGGAGCCGCUACCCAGCUGACCCUGGCAGAGGACAGUGAGGCCUGCCCGCUGCUGGGGGCCCAGAGGAACAGCCUCCUCUGCCUCCCCGUGGACUCAGAUGACUUGCCUCUCUGUAGCACUCCGAUGAUGUCACCUGACCACUUCCACAGUGAGGCAAGAGAGCAGUUAGAAAGCCUGAUGCUGUCAGUGCUGCAGCAGAGUCUGAGCGGACAGGCCCAGGAGAGCUGGGCGAGGCCCAUGGUGGUCCUCAAGGACCCCGGCACCCCCUCUGAGGAGGAACAGCGGCAGUCAGUGCAGUCAGACCAGGGCUACAUCUCCAGGAGCUCCCCUCAACCCCCUGACUGGCUGGCAGAGGAGGAGGAGGAACUAGAACUGGGUGAGUCAGCUGAGCCUCUGUCUCCUGAGGUCCUGCAGAACCUGAGGAGCCUCCAGCGGCAACUUUUCUUCUGGGAACUUGAGAAGAACCCUGACUGGGACAGCUUGGAGCCAAGGAGACUGGCCACAGAAGAACAGGCUCCCUCCUAG